AUGAUAUUCACCACCAUAUCGUCUGGACUUAUCAUCCUUGGAAUAGUCUUCAUGAGUUCCAGUUAUUUUUAUGACAAACUCAGGAUCUUAGCCGGUGCUUGUUGGGGUCUGGGUUUAUCUGUCAUAUUGUUUAUGCUAACGAAAUUUCUGAAGUUAACUCGUGACAAGACGUUUCCUUCAAUCCUAUUCAUAUCUUACACAUUAUGGUCAGUACAAGUUGGAAUAUGUUUCUCAAUAUCUGAUUGUUUCAUUGGAGGUAUCAAUAUUUUCGGCCCACAACAACUUUAA